AAUUGGUAAAGGGAAAUAUCAUUAGUUGAUGGUUAUGAUUUUGUCCUAGAUUGGCCCAUUUUAUCCAUGGUGUUUUGUUGUUGUGGUUUGUGUGUGUAUGAGAUAUGCGUGAUAUGAAUUUGGAUAGGGGGAUAAGGUUGUUUUUGUUUUUUUGAGGUUAAGUGCUUAACUUUUCUAAUUUUAGCAAAUCAGUUGAACUAUUUUGUGUGGUUUGCAGGUAAAUGUAUAAGAGACACCCUUUUAUCUUGUUCCCUUUUGUGUUAUUACUAUUUUUGGGAGGUUUGUUUUGGAGGAGAAAGGGGGUUUCUGCCGUACUUGAAUUUGAAUGGGGGAAAGAUUUCCUCACAUGAACAAGUUGUGCGUUUUGGUUUUAUCUUUUUUGCAUGGUAAUAUCUUCCUGAUGCAACUCUGGCUUUAUGAUUAUAAUUUCUGGUACCAGUUAUAUAAUCCUUGAAAAUUUUGCUAGUAGAGAGGAAAGUUAGCCUUUCAAAAAUUGGUUGGUUAUCUUUUUAGGAUUUGAGAAGCUGCAUCUUCAUAUUUUUAUGGUUUACCAAGAUUCUUUGUUCCUUAAACAUGCAUGAAUCAAGUCAAACAUCGGGUACGUCAAGAACCCGCAGCAUAUUGCGUGGCUUGGAUGUGAAAAACUGUAUAUUCAUGUUCAUGGUUGUCCCAAUGUGCAUCUUUGGAAUAUAUAUACAUGGACAAAAGAUCUCAUACUUUCUGCGUCCAUUAUGGGAAAAACCACCCAAACCUUUCAAUGUCAUCCGUCAUUAUUAUAACGACAAUGUUACCAUGGUGAAUCUUUGCAGACUUCAUGGUUGGGGAGUUCGUGAGUACCCAAGGCGUGUUUAUGAUGCCGUGUUGUUUAGUAAUGAGAUCGAAAUACUCACCUUGCGUUGGAAAGAAUUGUACCCCUACGUAGCCGAAUUUGUGAUCCUAGAGUCAAACUCAACAUUUACUGGAUUGCCCAAGCCUCUGGUUUUCAAUAGCAAUAGGGAGAAAUUCAAAUUUAUUGAGCCCCGAUUAACUUAUGGGACUAUCGGUGGAAGAUUUAAGAAAGGAGAAAAUCCAUUUGUUGAGGAGGCUUAUCAGCGUGUAGCAUUGGAUCAACUCCUUAAGAUUGCAGGUAUUACAGAUGAUGACUUAUUGAUUAUGUCUGAUGUUGAUGAGAUACCAAGUGCUCACACUAUUAACCUCUUGAGAUGGUGCGAUGAAAUACCUUCAAUCUUGCAUCUACAACUAAAGAAUUAUCUUUAUUCAUUCGAGUUUCGUCUAGAUGAUAAAAGUUGGAGGGCUUCGGUUCACAGGUAUCAAUCCGGCAACACAAGAUAUGCACAUUAUCGGCAGUCGGAUAACAUGUUGGCAGAUGCUGGUUGGCAUUGUAGCUUUUGUUUUCGUCGAAUCAGUGAUUUCAUUUUUAAGAUGAAAGCUUACAGCCAUCAUGACAGAGUGAGGUUCUCUCAUUAUUUAAAUCCUGAUAGAAUUCAGAAAGUAAUAUGCGAAGGGUCUGAUCUAUUUGAUAUGAUACCCGAGGAGUACACUUUCAGGGAUAUCAUUGGUAAAAUGGGUCCAAUACCCCAUUCAUAUUCUGCAGUCCACCUUCCUGCUUUUCUUCUGGAAAAUGCAGAAAAGUAUAAAUUUCUCUUACCUGGAAAUUGCAUGAGAGAGAGAUGAUGUGGGAAAAUUAGGUAAGGGAUGUACAUAAAAAUAAGAUUUCUUAUUUUUUUACUUCUUUUGUCUUAUUUACAAGAGAGAUAUUAAGGUGUU